AAGAGCAAAAAGUGUACACGAAUUUCAAAAGACAAGCUAUUACUAUUACACAUAAUUAAUCUCAAAAAAUAACCACAAAUAAUAUCUACAAACCAGCCGAACAUUUACAGGCAUUUGUCCAACAAAGCUGUUGUAGCUGGACUUAAGUUGAGCUGUCCAAGAGUCCAGCAUUAUGACGCACUGUAGACAAAUAGCAAAUUUGUCUGCCAGCGAAAAGAGCAAAGACAGCAAAAUUUGCAGCAUGACAAAUCUAGAAGAGACUAGCGACAUUGUCAUUAAUAGAUCAACAAUAAAAUCACCAACAAUACUUACAACAACACAAAUAAAAAUUCACACAACAACAACAACAGUAAGCGAAAAGUUGCAACGUAACCAACGACAACAACAACAACAGCAAACAAACAUAGAAGACUGUCUUUUGCCACAGAAGCGACAAAAACCGCUCAAAACCCAAUUGUCCCUCUUUCGUCUCCCCUACUUUAAUUUAGCCUUAAAUGCAGUUAUCUGCUUAGUAUUGUUAUUACCGUUGGCACAAUGCCAAAGUCAAAGUACAAGCGGUGUACAUAUCCUCGGUCAAGGUCCGGGACGACAUGUGUCAACAUCAGCACAAUAUACCGCUUUUCCACGCAGACGUUCUUCCGCUGGUGGCGAUGGUACGACGGGGCAAAUGCAAUCUCGUGCGGUGGACACACGCGCACAGUUCGAAGUGUUGGAGGGGCAACCACGUGGCACAGUGGUUGGUUUCAUACCCACAAAACCGGAGUUCACAUAUCGUUUCAAUGAACCACCGCGUGAGUUUACGCUGGAUCAGGUGACGGGUGAAAUAAAAACAAACAUGGUGCUCGAUCGUGAGGGUAUGCGGGAACGUUACGAUUUAGUUGUGCUCUCAUCGCAGCCAACGUAUCCGAUAGAAGUGCGUAUCACAGUAUUGGAUGUGAACGAUAAUUCGCCAGAGUUUCCCGAAUCGAGCAUAGCAGUGUCAUUUUCAGAAAGUGCCGCACCAGGUACGCGUCUUCUGCUCGACGCAGCGACAGAUCGUGAUAUUGGCAUAAAUAGCGUUACUGAUGAUUACCGCAUAGUUGAUGGUAACUUUGAUGACAAAUUUCGUUUGGCUGUGACCUCAAAUCCUAGUGGUGAUGUGUCGUAUUUGCAUUUGGAGACUACAGGUAAUUUGGAUCGUGAAUCAUGUGGUUUUUAUCAAUUGAACGUAUCGGCACGUGAUGGUGGCACACCACCUAGACACGGCUACCUACAAGUAAAUGUAACAAUCCUCGAUGUGAAUGACAAUCCGCCUAUUUUCGAUCAUAGUGACUACAUAGUUUCACUGAAUGAAUCCGUACCGCCUGGUACACCUGUGUUGCAAGUCAUGGCAUCUGACAAUGACUUAGGUGAUAAUAGCAAGAUUACUUAUUAUCUGUCAGACAUGGAACAGCAAUUUACCGUAGAUCCUGAAAGUGGUGUGAUUUUUACUACAGAACGUUUAAGCUGCCCGCAACAAAACUGUCCAACAUAUACACGACCAGGUAGUAGCUGUCCGAAGAGUUGCGUUUUCACAGUGUUCGCACGCGAUCAUGGCUCACCGCGUCAAGACGGACGCACUUAUGUGACUGUUAAUCUCGUUGAUACAAAUGAUCAUGAUCCGGUUAUUCGUUUUCAGUAUUUUCCGCCUACGGGCAGCUUUGCAACCGUCGAUGAAAAUGCAGUGAAUGGUAGUGUAGUAGCUGCAGUACAAGUUGUAGAUAUGGAUGAGGGCUUAAAUGGUAAUACGAGCAUUAGCAUAGUUUCAGGUAAUGAAAUGGGGCACUUUCGCUUAGAACCUUCUGAUUCUUUUGAUUUGGUACGUGUUAAUGGUGUACUAGAUCGGGAAGAAAUUGGCAAAUAUAAUCUGACCGUUGUGGCGAUUGACAAAGGCUCUCCACCUCGUACUGCAACUGCUCAUUUAAUUAUACAUGUCAAUGAUGUCAACGAUCAUGAGCCUGUUUUUGAAAAGUCAGAGUAUUCUGCUGUGCUAAGUGAGUUAGCACCACCAGGCUCCUAUGUAGCGUCGAUAACUGCCACCGAUGAAGACACUGGUGUGAAUGCUCAAAUCUUUUAUGACUUCGUCUCAGGUAACAAUAAGCAAUGGUUUGCUAUAGAUCCAGCGUCGGGUCUUAUAACAACACAAGCUGCUCUUGAUCGUGAAGUGCAAGGAAGUGUGGAACUAAGCAUUUCGGCACGUGAUGGUGGUCCUAAUCCUAAAUGGGCAUAUACACAACUGAAAGUUACAAUUUUAGAUGAAAACGAUGAGGCACCACAAUUCUCGCAACAACAUAUCAACGUCAGCUUAAGCGAAAAUAUAGCACCACAUACAUUGGUCGCCAUGCUAACAGCAUCUGAUCAUGAUCAGGGCACCAAUGGUUCAGUGACAUACACUUUGCCUGGCAUUGUUGAACGUAAAUAUCCACAACAAUUUGCGCUUGACUCACUCACAGGCCAAUUAACAACGCGCACUGCACUUGAUCGUGAGACAAUUGCGAAUUAUGAAAUUUUUGUUGUUGCGCGCGAUCAAGGUGCACCACCACAAUCGAGCACGGCUACUGUUUAUCUUACUGUAGAGGAUGUUAACGACAACAGUCCGGAAUUCUAUCCCAAGCAUUACUUUUAUGCGUUGCCCGAUGAAACUGUUGACAAGUCGCAAACACAAACGCAAACACAACAGCAACAACAACAACAACAGCACCAACAACAACAACAACAAAUGCAAUUGCAGCCUUUACUGAAAAUAACUGCAAGUGAUCGUGAUGCGGGCGAUAAUGCCUUAAUUACCUACCAUUUAGAAUCAGGUGGCGAUGGCAUUUUUGCUGUGGAUACGUGGACUGGUGCUAUAACAUUGCGCAGUGACAUACGCCAAUCGCCAAAAGCUUCACACAAGCUGAAAAUUUCUGCAAAGGAUCGUGGUGAUCGUCGGAGCGAACAAGAUGCUAUUGUUGAGAUAAUGUUGCAAUCCAAAAUGGAGACACUUGAAUUCGAAUCGUAUACGGGUUAUGAGUUUCAAAUUGUUGAAGAUCAUGAGCAGCAACAGGCGUUGCUUGGACGUGAAGUAGGGCAUGUACAAGUAAAGGCGCUGGCUGGCAAAGUAAAUGCCAAACUACCACCCAAUAUAGAGUAUGCGAUCGUUUACGGUGAUGCUGAUGAGAAUUUUGCAAUUGAUCGUCGCACAGGUCACAUAACAACAGCUCGUCGCAUUGACCGUGAAACGUUGGCACAAUAUCAACUGACAGUAGUUGCGCGCGCUGAACAAGCAUACGGAAAAUGCAUAGUAAACGUAGCUAUCGCUGAUCUAAAUGAUAAUGCGCCAAUCUUUGCGCAAGAUCGUGAUGGUGAGAUUCUAUUGGCCGAGAAUGCCGCUGUCGGUCAAGAGGUUUACUUGUCACGUGCACGUGAUCGCGAUUCCGGCAUCAACAGUCGUGUCACAUACACACUCACCUACAAUCCUGAUGGACAAUUUCGUAUUAGUCAAGCCACUGGUGUAUUAUACUUAGAACGGCCAGUACGCGUUGAUCCAGGCACACUUUUGCAUGUCGAACUUACGGCAACCGAUGGCGGUACACCUGCACUCUCAACAAAGCACACUAUCACAGUACUCAUUGCAGACGUCAAUGAUCAUACACCAGUUUUCGAUCACACUUCCUAUGAAACAUCCCUACUUGAAUCAACGAAAGUAAAUGCACGUUUCUUUGCCCUAGCAGCCAGCGAUGCGGAUUUAGGCGCAAACGGACGCAUUUCCUAUGAAAUUACUGAGGGCAAUAAUGAGCGAAAGUUUGGAGUCUUCCCUGAUGGUUAUUUAUUUGUGCGUUCCCAGUUGGAUCGUGAGGAGCGCGAUUAUUACGCAUUGACACUAGCGUGCCAUGAUGCUGGUGUGCCAAAACGUUCCUCUAUUGUGCCAGUGAUAAUACAUGUGAUCGACGAAAACGAUAAUGCACCGCAAUUCACAAACAAUACAUUCACGUUUAGCAUAGCUGAGAACGAGCCAUCCGACUCGUUUGUGGGUAAAUUAACGGCCACUGAUCGUGACAUUGGACGUAAUGCAGAAUUGAUUUACACGUUAGCAACACAAGAACAAGACUUUACAAUUGACUCGCGUAAUGGUUUCAUCAAAACAUUACAUCCAUUCGAUCGCGAAGAAUUAAUACAACGACGCAGAGGCAUGACAAUUGGAAAUGCUCUACAGGCAGCAACAUCAGCAGCAACAACUGCAACAGCACUUAGUAACACCGGAAGCAGCAAUAGUAAUGGGCUGAACUAUAUUCAAUUGGAAGCAAUUGUGUCGGACAAUGGAGUUCCCCGCUUACACGAUAAAGUUAAAGUGAAGAUCAUCAUAACAGAUGUCAACGAUAAUGCACCACAAUUCGUGCGUGCCCCAUAUCGAGUGCAAAUUUCCGAAGGAGCCACCACUGGUACACAGGUAAUGCGUGUAUAUACGGUAGAUGCAGAUGAAGGAUUAAACGGUGAUGUUUAUUACGCACUUGCUGACGGUAAUCAAGAUGGACGCUUUGGAUUAGAUGAUGCGACAGGUCAACUGUCAAUUGCACAAAAAUUGGAUCGCGAACAACGAGCAUCUUAUAAGUUAACAGUAGUCGCACGCGAUGCAGCUUUAAAGAAUCAAUUAAGCUCCACAACAACAAUAACAAUUGAAAUACUCGAUGAGAACGACUGCGCACCAGAAUUUUCACAAACUGACAGUGAAGUGUCCGUGCUGGAAACAAGCGCCAUUGGCACCGAACUAAUGCAAUUUAGAGCAACCGAUUCUGACUUGGGUGUGAAUAGUCAAGUGGCAUUUAGUAUUACAGCAGGCAACCGCAAAGAUACAUUUCACAUUGAUCCCAUUAGUGGUAGCUUGUAUCUGCACAAGUCGUUAGAUUACGAGGAUACAACUACAUAUAGUUUGAACAUAACAGCUUCGGAUGGUGGCACGCCACAACUUUCAACUACAAUUGUAUUUACGGUAAAUAUUGUGGAUGAGAAUGACAACCCACCCAGUUUUCCGAACACAGCGAUCGUACGCCAAAUCAGGGAAGGGAUCGCCAUAAAAACACCUAUAGUCACAGUGACCGCAGAGGAUCCAGACUCUGGACUAAAUGGGAAAGUAACGUAUGCAAUAGCAAAACAAGAUCCCGAGAUGACUGGUGGCAGACAUUUUGGUAUCAACACUGUAACAGGUGUUAUACAUACAUUGCGUGAAAUCGAUCGUGAAGCUAUUGAUACAUUUCGCUUGACCGUCGUUGCCACUGAUCAAGCACAGAAGCCGCAAGUGCAGUUGUCGGUGGAAAAACUUGUGACUGUCAUAGUUGAAGAUAUAAACGAUAAUGCACCUAUUUUUGUAUCGAUGAAUGCAGCGAUUUUGCCUACACAUUCGAAGACUGUCAGUCCAGGUCGUGACGGUUCUAUUGUUAUGUACGUGCAUGCUCGCGAUGCUGAUUCGUCUAGCAAUGGCUUGGUUACAUAUGAAAUGGUCAGUGGCAAUACAGAACUUUUUAAGUUACAGCGCAAUACUGGUGCCAUAUCGUUACGUAAGUCUAUAACACAACCUGAGGUGCGUUACCAACUGGCACUGAAAGCUACAGAUGAAGCGGUGCAAAGUGAACGCAAAAGUUCUGAUGCCUAUAUUACUAUUAUAGCGACAUCUGGUAAUGGAGUAGUUGGGCCAAUAUUUGAUCAACGUGAAAAAUCUGGUUCGGUAUAUGAAAACGAACCAACUGGUACUAGUAUUCUAACAGUUAGUGCGCAUUUGAGUUCUACCGAAAUCGAAUAUUAUGUAACAAAUGUAACGGCCGUCGGUGCGGGUAAAAAUAACGGUUUCUAUCAACAAGUCGAUCGUUUAUUCGACAUUGACACUAAAUUGGGUAUACUAUCCACAGCGAAGGAAUUAGAUCGUGAGGCGGGACCUGAUACAUAUGAAAUUGAAGUGUACGCUAUUGCAUUGGGUGGAGUUCCAAGAACAACAAGUACUAAGGUGAGUUUAGACGAUUUGUGUGAAACUAAGAGUUUGCGGUUGAAAAAAGAUGUACGUGCGAUAAGAUAA